CAACUGACGCGGCUACAACGGAUAUUUAAAUUCGUUGGUCUCUUUGGAGCUCCGGAUCCGAGCCGAGUGAUUGUUCUCCGUGAGAGACGGCUCGCUCUCUAAUUAGGGUUGCGGAAAGAGCUGCUCAACUUAUCGCAAGCAUGAGCGACAAGAGACGUUCAGUGCACUUCGAUGUUCCAGAGUCUCCUCCGACUCCUCCCCUACCCGUUGAGAUGUCAGAAUGCGAUCUCGACCACUCUACUAGAAAGCCGAAUUGGGUGUUCCGAUGUCCAGCUUGCCAGGCCGUUUUCACGCAUUUCAUCCUGUUAUCGAUCCACACUUGGAGUCAUUCCCCAGCCGAUGUGAAGGUCCCGCCAAUCACCAAAAAGCCGCUGCCAGAAGCUUUUGAUCCGAAGCCGCCCAGGUGCUUCGUGUGCACACUGAAGUUCGCUACGAAGGACACGCUGAGGGCUCACAUCGAAAAGGAGCAUCCAGACAAGCCGCUCGGUAGCGGAGAAUACGAGUGCCCCUUCUGUGAAGUCUGUUUCGAGAGCUCCAUCGAGCUAAUUAACCACAUCGAGAUCGGAAGUCAUCCUUGGAAGGACGGCGAUUUCUACCCGAUAUACUCGGGCGUCCUCCAGAACCACGUCAGGAAUCUGCAUCGAGCGGAGCUCGAACAGCUGAUCGCCGACUUCAACACUCUCUCAGCCGCAGAUGAAGCGUCGCCCAAACGUGUGAAACCCGCUCUGAGGCGAACAGCCUUGAAACCCGUGGUCUGCAAUUAUCAGUGCGCCAAGUGCGCGAUAAGGUUCGCCCACGGAAACCAACUGAAAGCACAUGUUGAGCUCAAGCACAGAGGUCUGAUGAGCUCUCUGAAACCCAGCAAGCCAUUGCAUAGCUGUGUAUACUGUAAGGGAAAAUUCAAAUCACUCACUUCGUUACGAAAACAUCUAGAUUGUGAUCAUCUCGUUAAAACGACGCCGAAACGAAUAGCGACCCUGCCUUCGUCCUGUGGCCCAGAGAAUUUCGGGGACUUCCUAUUGCAACGCAAAAUUGCGCUCGACUUUGAGAACUUCUGAGACUUAAUCCGGGUGCGAUUUCGCGCACAAACUCGUUGCUCUGAGGUGAGGUGCGUCUACAUGA